AGUCAGCGAAAGCACUACCUGGCGACGAAAUGCAUGAAGGUGGAUCACGAUGAGGGCACGUUUCCUUUCGAAAUUGCAGCGGACUUCCACUUCCACAACUACAACUUCGCAGAAUCUCUCAAGUUCACACCACCAAAAAUGUCGACUUACCUCAGUACCAACAGAUUUCGUUCGAUUUUCUGUUGGUUUUCUUUCGUAAAUCUGUUGCCGAACUAGGCAAGACCACAUGAUCAUACAUUAGUAGGUGUCCCUGCUUUUGAUGUUUGUUUUAGCUUUAGCUAUCGCAGUAGCGAGCUGCAAAAGUACAAAUAGAUGCAGAUCUCGUUUCCGCAUGAAACACAGCAUCAAAAUCAAAAUGAAAAUAUGCAAGGUAUGAUGCGGACGGUGUACAACGAGUCGUUUGAUCUCGGCCUGAGUAUGUCGGAAAGCUACGAGCUUUUCCGGCACCUGCUCCUCAAGCACUCGUGUCACCGACCACCCUUUUCCAGUGGCAUUUUCAACCUGAAUGACGUGAAAGCAAUAUCAGACUACGUUCUGGAUACCUUCUUCCGUCAUUACAAAAUGUACUACAUCAAUUGGUUUCCAAAUUCGUCCGUCGCGUUCUUUGCUACGUUCUGAAAGAUGUUGAGCUAGUGGAAAUAAAGAGUUUGCUGUGUUGAAGUUUUUCAUUCGUGGAGGCAGCAUUGCACGAGCAGGAUAAGCAUGGACCCAAACCGACUUCAGGUAUAAAUACGUCUAUGUCUGCAUCCGAGACCUGGAGGUCAAGGUAAAACCAACGCCAGCACUCAACGACGAUUCUCUGAAGGCUCCGUUUGUCUGUUCAACAGAAAACGAAAUCGACCCAAGGAAUCAUGUACUCAUAAUUUUUCGGAGACAGCAACAGCGUGCAGUCCUGAUUUUGAUCUUUUUUGCGGUUUUGCUUUGCAUCGGGGACAUUAUAGUCAUACAUCAUGAAGAAAAUGCAUCAGUGUUGGUUUGAGUUUGAUGAUACGAAAAUUUAAAUUCGCACUGAUUUGAUGCACAUUUGCAUUUGAUAUGAAAAGAGAAAACUCGCAUUACAGCCGUUCCUUUACGACCUCUUUGAGGACGAGAGACGGCAGGAAUAUUUGGACAAGAAAGCAGAGGAGGAGAAGCAAGCAGCAAAGCUGAAAGAGUCUUUCACCGAGCGGAUCCAGGGGACGCUCGCGAAGCUCGAAGAAGAUGUGGACAACAAAAUCAAAGAAGUGGACGAAAAGUUGAACCCGUGACGCGUGUGGCUUUUUUUGGAAAUGCUCCACAACAAGCGCCUCCCUUGUACUUAGUGGUCCUUAACCACAAUGGUAACAAAGGAGUAUGGGGGACGAACGAUACAAAGUCACCUUGGUGCCGGUCAAGACAUUUUGACUUUUUGGCGGCAUGACAUAGAUAGCAUCAGCAUAGCAGUUCCGAUAUCGGAGCAGGUUUAUUAAGAAGAUGCAUCGAACUACACGUCCCCCGUCGGUCUGUUCACGAUCUACUCAUCUUUUCCGGGCCACCAUCCAUCCAAAGGUAAGGAGGAAUGGAUCGUGUCUGCGAUCGUACCUGCUCGACUGCGCCUGUUAUUUCGUCGUGAUAAUGAGAGGGGAAGAUUGGAAGUCAACCGAUGAAUUCUUGCUCGUUUUUGACUCUGAGUGACAUCAAGGAGGAGGGAUGCGCGCACCGUGUGGUGACGAAGAAA